AUGGCAGAUAGAAAACCUUCAGAUGGAUUAGAAUAUAUCACAAACAAUACUGCAUAUGGUACGACUACGACAUCUCCUGAGAUUCCUGAUCCAACGCCUGGACCAGACGGUGUCGAGUAUGAUGAGAUAUCCUGUGAAACUGCAGCCCAGCCGGAAAUCAAGGCAGAUGAGGCUCACUCCUAUUGCUAUGCUGCCUAUGAUAAUGUUAAACAUCCUUAUGCUCCUGAUCGCCGAAGCGCUUUGAUUUCCUCCGACGAUAACAGCUAUUUUGUGUUGGGAAAGGAAACACAACAAGGAGACAGACAUGAGCAAGCACAACCAGCCUUGACCCAACAGCAGGCGGAACAAGAACAACUCCACCACAAACAGGAAAGCUAUUUUGUUUUAGAAAAAUCAGGAUCUCGCUUUAACAUCGCAGGUAAAGAUGUAGAUGAAUCUGCCGACUACUUUGUUGUAGAAAGGGCGGUAGAUGAAUGUAACUCAAGAGGGGAAGGAAAUGGUGCAGAAGAAAUUACGAGUAAAUACAUUGUCUAUUCUGGCAAGUCAGACGACCAUUAUUUGCAGGUUGAAAAAUGUAUUGUUGUGGAAACCGAACAUAGUGAAACGACAUCAGAUGGAACUUCCAACACUUUACAUGUAACGGUAAACAAUCACAGUAGCAAUGGCGACUAUUUUGUCCUAGAUAAUGAUGGUCCAGAUGUUCCAAAACAGACUGAGGUUAACAUCGACGGUGAAGUUGACGAUGAGGCUGGAAUACAAACAGAUACAAAAGUUGGAGGUCACGGAGAGACUGGAGCAAAAUAUGGGAUUAACGUCUCAGGGAUAAUAAAAGAGGAAACGGAUUACUAUGAUCAUGUGAAAAUAGGUCAUGUUCAAACUAAUGGCUUUGACGAUGGAAUUUAUGAUCAAUUACGAAAACAACAUGUGCGAUGCGAAAUCGAAGAAGUAGACAAUGAUUACGAUCAUUGUUAG